CGCCGUUUGAGUCAUCGGUGGUCAAGAUACUUAUCCGACAUUUCGUGGCGCGAGCGGCGCCUAGGAGACUUGCUCCUCCAAUCUAUCGAUCUUUUUCAAGGAUGGCUCAAGACUCAGCUUCCAUGAACCCAACUGGUGAGCCGACAGGCCCGAAGGUUGACGUUCCUCCUGUUGGCAAUAAUGGCCAACAGAACGCUGGCCAGGAUGGAGCCGCGCCAAAGGUGAAAACUGAGAAAGAACUGGAGCGAGAGCGCAAAAAAGCCGAGAAGUUGAAGAAGUUUCAGGAGAAACAGGCAAAGGCUGCAGCCAAAACUACGACCCCCAAAGCCGAAAAGAAAGCGCCCAAGGUCGAAAAGGACAAGACAGCAGACGCGUAUGAUCCUAAAGUUAUUGAGGCUGGACGAUACCAAUGGUGGGAGGAACGCGGCCUUUUCAAGCCUGAGUUCGGCCCCGAUGGCAAGGUCAAGCCUGAGGGCUACUUCGUUAUUCCAAUCCCCCCUCCCAACGUUACCGGAUCGCUGCACAUGGGUCACGCUCUCACAAAUGCCCUUCAAGACACUAUGAUUCGCUGGCAGCGGAUGAAGGGCAAGACUACCCUGUGGCUGCCCGGAAUGGAUCACGCCGGUAUCUCCACUCAGAGCGUGGUUGAGAAAAUGCUUUGGAAGAAGGAAAAGAAGACACGCCAUGACCUGGGUCGCAAAGCGUUUCUGGAAAGAGUCUGGGAUUGGAAACACGAGUACCAUGGCAAUAUCGGUAAUGCUUUGCGAAGAGUCGGAGGCUCUUUUGAUUGGACUCGCGAGGCUUUUACGAUGGAUGACAAUCUUUCCGCAGCCGUUACUGAAACUUUCGUCCGUCUCCAUGAGGAGGGCAUAAUCUACCGUGCGAACCGCUUGGUCAACUGGUGUGUAGCUCUCAACACUUCUCUCUCCAAUCUCGAGGUCGAGAACAAGGAGGUUGAAGGACGUACGCUGCUUGAUGUUCCCGGCUAUGAGAAGAAGGUCGAGUUCGGUGUCCUGACUCACUUCUGCUACGAGAUUGAUGGUACUAAGGAGAGGAUUGAAAUUGCUACUACACGUCCUGAGACUAUGAUUGGUGAUACCGCUGCGCGUCACCCUUUCAUUGAUCGCCUACUUCCCAUCGUUGCUGAUCCUGAAGUUGACCCUGAAUUCGGUACCGGUGCUGUGAAAAUUACCCCGGCCCAUGACUUCAACGAUUUCAACCGCGGAAAGGCCCAUAACCUUGAAUUCAUCUCUGUUCUGAACGACGAUGGUACCUUCAACAAGAAUGGUGGUCCAUUUGCCGGUAUGAAGCGGUUUGACGCUCGAUACAAAGUUAUCGAGAUGCUGAAGGAGAAGGGCCUCUACGUGAAAUGGGAGCACAACCCCAUGAAGAUUCCCCGCUGUGCCAAGUCAAACGAUGUUAUCGAGCCCAUUCUCAAGCCCCAGUGGUGGAUGAAGAUGGAGAGCCUUGCUGAGCCUGCGAUCAAGGCUGUUGAGAACGGCGAAAUCAUUAUCAGACCCGAGUCUGCCGAGAAGAGCUAUUUCCGCUGGCUUCGUGGUAUCAACGACUGGUGUCUGUCUCGCCAACUUUGGUGGGGUCAUCAAGCUCCGGCUUACUUUGUACAAAUCGAGGGCGAGGAAGGCGAUGACAGCGAUGGCAAUCUCUGGGUCACUGGCCGCAAUGAAGAGGAGGCUCAGAAGAAGGCUGAAGCGAAGUUCCCUGGUAAGAAAUUUACUCUCAAGAGAGAUGAGGACGUGCUGGACACCUGGUUCUCUUCAGGCCUCUGGCCGUUCUCAACUCUCGGUUGGCCUCGUCAGACUCACGAUUUCGAAAAUCUGUACCCUACAUCUGUCCUCGAGACAGGCUGGGAUAUUCUGUUCUUCUGGGUUGCCAGAAUGAUCAUGUUGGGUAUCAAGAUGACUGGCAAGGUUCCUUUCAAGGAGGUCUACUGUCAUUCCCUUAUUCGUGAUUCUGAAGGUCGCAAAAUGUCAAAGUCUUUGGGCAAUGUCAUCGAUCCUUUGGAUGUUAUGGAGGGUAUCAAGCUUGAGGACCUCCAUGCCAAGCUUCUCGUGGGUAACCUUGCUGAGAAGGAGGUUGCUACCGCUACGAAGUAUCAAAAGAAGGCGUUUCCAAAGGGCAUUCCUGAGUGCGGUGCUGAUGCUCUUCGGUUCUCCCUUGUGUCCUACACUACCGGUGGCGGCGAUAUCGCAUUUGACAUCCAGGUCAUUCACGGGUACCGUAAGUUCUGUAACAAGAUUUACCAGGCUACCAAGUACGUUCUUGGAAAGCUUGGUGAUGAUUUCAAGCCGCUGCCGACCCCGACAAAGACUGGCAAGGAAUCUCUUUCUGAACGCUGGAUUCUGCACAAAUUCAACGCCGCCGCUAAGGAGGUGAACAUAGCCCUGGAGGAUCGCGAAUUCUCCCAUGCUGCUUCCACUGUUUACCAGUACUGGUACAGCCAGCUCUGUGACGUGUUCAUUGAGAACUCCAAAUCUCUCCUAGCCCCUGAGCUACCACAAGAAGUGCAGGAAUCUGCCAAGCAGACUCUUUACACCGCUCUGGAAGGCGCUCUCACUAUGAUCCAUCCUAUUAUGCCAUUUAUCACCGAAGAGCUAUGGCAGCGUCUGCCGCGCCGUCCUGGCGACAACACUAUCUCGAUCAUGAAGGCCAAGUUUCCCGAGUACAAGGCUGAAUUUGACGACUCUACAGCCGAAACUGCUUAUGAGCUUAUCCUGAACACGUCCAAGGCCAUUCGUUCGAUCCUCGCUCAAUACGACGUCAAGACUAAAGGCGAUGUUAUCGUUCAAACCUACGAUGCAACCAGUCACAAGACUGUUUCCGAUGAGCUUCAUAUUGUCAAGUCUCUUGGCGGUAAGACUCUUGGUGAACUCAGUGUGCUCGGACCCGAGAACACCACGCCUCCGUCAGGCUGUGUCGUUGCUCCUGUUGGUUCACAAGCGGCUGUCUACCUUCGUGUGUCUAAGGAAGUUGCCCUUGAACAAGAAGAGAAGGGCAAGGCCAGCUUGAAGAAGGCGCAGGAAACCGUCCGUCGCCAGACUACUUUGAUCAACAGCGCCGGGUGGAAAGAGAAGGCAAAGCCUGAAGUGCGUGAGCAGGAAGAGAAGAAACUCCGGGAUGCCGAAAGCGAGGUUGCUCGGUUAGAGGAGCAGAUUCGGGAAUUCGAAAAGCUGCGGCUGGAGUAGUUAUAACUUGAGACCUUUUGUAUUUUCGAAUGUAAAGACAUGAAU